AUGUUUGAAUUCAUACAUCCCACUGGUGUUCCAGCCCGCACGUCAGCUUGGCAAACACUCUCAGACCAAGUCCAUAGUGCCUCUGCUCUCCUGCAGUCCGGAACUAUUGAUAGAGCCGAAGCGACGCUGGACCGGUUCUUUCAUGGACUUAGACAGGCGGCUAAGCAUCUUGACCCAUCCUUCCUGGCAAAAUUCUGGCGGAUCUGUCUUGGAAUAAAAAGCAUCGACGGGCGCAUCCCCGGAGGUGGGUGUCUGAAGAGAUUCUUCGAUAGCCUCAUUGGAACCAUACUGGAGCACAAUGGCCAGAGACAUCCGUUGGCGGUUUUGGUAACCGCCAUCAGAAAUGUGUCACCAACCGAGCUCAUGAAUACACUCCGGCUGGGCUUCUGGAUGUCGAUUAAAGUCUUGAAACAGUUCAUCGGUGAUGAGAAUACCAUGGUUCUUCAUAUGUGGUCAGUGUUUUAUCGAUAUUGGAACGAGCGCCGAGACCCGGCUGGUUUUCUGUGGAAGUUCUGGUACAUCCGCUCGAAAUACUCCAAUGGUCAACUUUACAACGCUGAAACGGCAAUCACCCUGUCGUAUUAUCAUGCCUAUGCAGCUUAUUAUGUCUGCCGCCAGAGGGAACUGGCCAGACCAAUCGUCAUGUCGCUGUUCCAAGAUGCGAAAGAGGAAGUUGGAAGGAUGGCCACGAAAGGAGACGUGCAUUGGAGUCUCGUGACUCAGGCAUUGGCAUUUUCUGCAAGAGCUGUUGCGUAUUUCCAUUACGAACGACAUGAGAUGUCCUGGUCUCACGGGGCCAUGGACAUUGCGAUUGCAUUGCUGCAGACUGGGGACGAAGAGUGCCGAAUACGGGCAGCGACGCUUUCCAAGAUGCUCCUGGCAUGGUUGAAAAAUACGAAGAACACACCUUUCAGUGCACCGCAAGAGAAAGUACAAACCUUCCAGGAGGUGCCAGAGGUGUUCACUGAGGGACCGAGUUACUUGAUGAAGAUGCUAAGGUCCACGGCCCGCGAAAUUUCCGGAAAUUAUAACCACUUGAUGACAGCGAAAUAG